UUCCCUCCCAGCUCUUGCAAACUCCGAACUCGUCGCCUGCUGAUCCUCUUUCACCACAGGUUCACAGCGGAGGCAGCAGUGAGGUGUCCGAUUUGGACACGUGAGACCUGCGGUCCCCCGACUUGGGGAGGUAUGAAGACACCUCACAAAAAGGCAACUGCAAGGCAGCAAACAAGGGACAUUGUUGAUGGCCACACCUUGUCUGCAAGUAUGAGGAAGAAAAAGAUUUCUCAAAAGAAACAGAGGGGCAGACCUUCCUCCCAGCCCCGCAGGAACAUCGUGGGCUGCAGAAUUUCACAUGGAUGGAAGGAAGGCGAUGAGCCCAUCACCCAGUGGAAAGGAACCGUUCUGGAUCAGGUGCCUAUAAAUCCCUCUCUUUAUCUGGUGAAAUAUGAUGGAAUUGACUGUGUCUAUGGACUGGAACUUCACAGAGAUAAAAGGAUUUUAAAGCUUAAAAUCCUUCCUGAUAAAGUGCCAUUUUCUCGAGUCAGAGAUGUGCGCCUUGCAAAUACCAUAAUUGGUAAAGCUGUGGAACAUAUGUUUGAGGGUGAGCAUGGUUCUAAGGAUGGAUGGAGGGGGAUGGUCUUAGCCCAAGCACCCAUUAUGAAAGCCUGGUUUUAUAUUACCUAUGAGAAAGAUCCUGUUUUGUACAUGUACCAGCUUUUAGAUGAUUAUAAAGAAGGUGACCUCCAUAUCAUGCCAGAGUCGAGUAAGUCUUCUCCAAAAGAGAGAGAGCCAGAAGGAGUUAUAGAUGGCCUCAUAGGUAAACAUGUAGAAUAUACCAAAGAAGAUGGCUCCAAAAGGACAGGCAAAGUAAUUCACCAAGUUAAAGCCAAACCUUCUGUGUACUUCAUCAAGUUUGAUGAUGAUUUCCAUAUCUAUGUCUAUGAUUUGGUGAAAAAGUCUUAACGGUUAGGGUAAACCUUAUCACGUGUAUGUAGGCAAAUGUAUGAUUUGGAGAAAAACAAAAAAUGUUGCUUUUCAGUGUACUGAAAGUAUAGGGGUCCCUAAAAACCCAUCAUCAUUGCCAGCAAAACUGUUGUUUUGUUCUGAAAAAUAUAAGUUUAUGUAGCUAUGA